UCCUGCGGCCUUUUCGCUCUACCACCUCUGCCCCGUUACUGAGUACUCUCGGGGCUAAUCAAUUUUUUCUCACAAAAGUGCCUCGCUAAGCUGACAAGAUGGUGAAACCGCGAUUCAAGGGACGGAGUACCAUCAAUCCGUCCACGGCAAGCAGCAACCCAGAUCGGGUGAAGGGUGCAGGAGGUAACAACAUGAGGGACCGGGCAACCAUCAAGCGGCUCAACAUGUACCGCCAAAAAGAGAGAAGGAACAACCGUGGAAAAGUGAUUAAAACUUUGCAGUAUCAGUCAUCAGUGACACCUGGGACAGUAGCCAGAGUUGAACCCAAUAUCAAAUGGUUUGGUAAUACACGUGUUAUCAAGCAAUCCUCUUUACAAAAAUUCCAAGAUGAAAUGGAUGUUGUAAUGAAGGAUCCUUACAAGGUGGUGAUGAAACAGAGCAAGUUACCAAUGUCUCUCUUAUAUGAUCGUUCCAAGCCCCACAUGUCCAAAGUUCACAUUCUUGACACAGAAACUUUUGAGACCACCUUUGGCCCCAAAUCUCAAAGGAAGAGGCCAAAUAUUGCCGCAGGUGAUAUGUGUGAACUUCUGGCAAAUGCUGAAGCAUCCGCAGACAGCUAUGAUCAACAGAAGGACAGAGAUUUGGUUACAGAAGACACUGGAGUGAGGGAUGAAGCUCGUGAAGAAAUAUACAAAAAAGGCCAGUCAAAGAGAAUCUGGGGGGAACUUUAUAAGGUAAUGGAUUCAUCUGACGUCAUAGUGCAGGUUCUGGAUGCCAGGGAUCCCAUGGGAACUCGCUCUCCUCACAUUGAGACUUACCUCAAAAAGGAAAAGCCAUGGAAGCAUCUGAUCUUUGUUUUGAACAAAUGUGACCUGGUUCCCACAUGGGCUACGAAACGAUGGGUUGCGCGAUUGUCUCAGGACUACCCAACACUAGCUUUUCACUCCAGCCUCACCAAUCCUUUUGGAAAAGGAGCCUUCAUCCAGCUACUGAGGCAAUUUGGGAAGUUGCACACUGAUAAGAAACAGAUAAGCGUGGGAUUUAUCGGAUACCCAAAUGUGGGCAAAAGCUCUGUGAUAAAUACACUGCGGUCCAAGAAGGUGUGCAAUGUGGCUCCAAUCGCAGGUGAAACAAAGGUUUGGCAGUACAUUACUCUUAUGCGAAGAAUAUUUCUCAUAGACUGCCCAGGUGUGGUGUAUCCGUCUGGUGACUCAGAAACCGAUGUUGUGUUGAAAGGAGUGGUGCAAGUUGAAAAGAUUAAAAACCCAGAAGAUCACAUUAGUGCUGUUUUAGAGAGAGCCAAACCAGAGUAUAUCAGUAAAACAUACAGAAUAGAUUCCUGGGAAAAUGCUGAAGACUUCCUGGAGAAACUUGCGUUCCGAACAGGAAAGUUGUUAAAGGGCGGAGAACCAGAUCGUCAGACUGUUUCAAAGAUGGUUCUCAAUGACUGGCAAAGGGGAAGAAUACCCUUUUUUGUGAAACCACCAAACAUGGAAGGGGAGCCAGAAACCCCAUCUACUUCAGAGCAGUUAGCAAAUGGCACAGACACCAGCUUGACCGAACAGAAUUCUGAUGGUAAAAAUACAAGCACAGAUUCUCAGGAAAAGGAGAGUUCCCCCAAGAAUGAAAUGAAGGAUCUCGUGUCGCAAGUGCGCCAAAACUUUGGAAAGAUCAAUGUUGCCCCAGAGUUCACAGGGGAGGACUUGGUUCCUGUUGAGAUGGAUGGAAUGUCAGAUUUCUCCGAUCUAGAAUCUGAUGAGGAAGAAGAGGAUGCUGAGGAAGAGGAAGAACAAGAACAGAGUGACUCAAACAAGUUGAAUGAAGAAGGCAGCGCAAAAUCCAAGGAUUUACCAGAAGUCAAGAACAAGACCUCAAAAGUGGUGUUGAAGGAGCUGGAUGAUCAGAUUGAAAAGUACAAAAAAUUCUUGGACAAGGCCAAAGCAAAAAGAUUUUCCGCACUGAGGAUUCCAAAGGAUCUGAAUUUAAAACUUUUAACAAAACCGAAAAUAAAUGAUGAUGAACAAGAUCAAGGGGUCACUGGGAAAGGGAAGAAAAGAAAGCAGUUUGACGGUGGUGAUGACCGGGAUGAAAGUGAACAACCAAAGAAGAAGCUUACCUCAAAAGAGAGGAGAAGGCUUGAAAGGCAGCAGCACUCAAAGAAAGUGGGUGUACGAUACUAUGAUACUCACAACGUGAAGAACAAAAACCGCGACAAAAAGAAAGUGGACUCACAAGGCCAAAAAAUGAGACAGAAAAAAUCAAAGCAGAAACUUUAAUAAACGUUUUUAUGAACUGC